CAAAAAUUUAAUUUUUAAACAAAAAAAAAAACCAAAAAAAAAUGGCACGCAGCCGUCGUAGUUUGUCCAAAGAGGAUGCAGUGUCCCUGCUCACAGACAGUGGCAUAUCGCUAUCAUCGCCGCCGGCGGCGGGCAGAGGAUCCUCAUCGCCCACAACAACAGCAACAUCGACAUCGACAGUAUCGAUUAAACGACGCAAGAGCAGUCUACUAAGGGACAACAACAACUAUGCGGAAGCCGAUGAAGAAGAUGGUGAAGACGGUGGUGACACAACGGAACAGGAUUCCCGUGAUGCCGACUAUAUACAACCCUUGCCCAAGAAAUCAUUGAGAAAAUCAUCAAUAUCGUUAGCCUCAUCAUCAGCAUCGGGAUCGCCGUCCGAAUCGGGACGUCGCAAACAGCACAUAUGUACGCAUUGUUCCAAAGAAUUUGGUGGCAAGACUGAUCUACAACGGCAUAUGCUAAUCCAUUCGGAUGAGCGGCCACACAAGUGUGCCGAUUGUGGUAAAUGCUAUCGCCAGGCCGUGAAUCUUAAGAAUCACAUAACCACCGCUCAUGAGCAUAAGAAACAAUUUGCCUGUGGCCAGUGUCCCAAAUCGUUUGCCCUCAAAGAGCGUCUGCGUCUCCACAUGCGUUUGCAUUCGGGCGAGAAGCCAUAUCCAUGUGCUCUCUGUGAUAAGCGUUUCGCCCGAGGUGGUCAGCUCCAGCAGCAUAUGGUGUCGCAUCAUAAGACAAGUAUACAGCAAUUUAAUUGUACCAAAUGCUCGGCCAGUUUCUCAACCAAUGCCAAUCUGCGUGUUCACAUGGAGAGGCACGAGCAGGGCAUGGAGCAUAGAUGCACCAUUUGUGAGAAUCAAUUUGCCAACGAAUUGGCUUUGCGGGCUCACAUCAAUCAGGAGCAUCAUAAGCUAACCAAAUUUGAUUGUGAAAUAUGCCACAAAAGCAUUGAAUCGGACGAGGAUCUUGCCACACAUAUGCAAAAGCAUGCGGCCAUCAAGACGCAUGUCUGUGAGGUGUGCAAUUCGUAUUUUACUCAGAAAUCGCAAUAUAAUGUUCAUAUGCGAAUGCAUACAGGUGAACGGCCAUAUCAAUGUCGGAUUUGUCAUCAAACCUUUGCCCAUUCGAGUGUAUUGAAACUGCAUAUACGUAAGCAUACGGGUGAGAAACCAUUUCGUUGUCUCCUUUGUACCGAUGAAGUGGCCUUUUCCCAGUUGGCCCAUCUCAAGAAUCACAUGAAGAAAAUCCACAAACAGCAGAAACCCUAUAUGUGUCACGGGUGUCAUGAGUUCUUUAAAAUCAAAGUGGAAUUGCAGGCACAUGCGGAACACUGUGCCAAAUGCCAGAAAUCAGGCGAUGAGGAUGACAAUCAGAAUGAAAACGCCCAGGCAUUGUCCACCAUGCGUUUCAAUAUGGCUGUGGUGCUUAAGAAAAUAAGCUCCGCUCAAAAGCUACGUCAAUUGGGCUAUGAGAAACGUUUAAUUGACAAUGUCAUUAUUGCCUCACUCAAGUUGGCUCAACGUCCGGCCCACGAUGAUGCCCAAUUGACACCUUUGGCACGGCUACGUCUCAAUGUGGAGGAAUUUCUCAAGUGGAUUGUCCCGGCGCCGACAAUGCAGAAAUUUAGCGAAGAGUUGCUCUCGAUUGAGACCAUUCUGGAUAAGAUUGCCGCCAUGUAUAUGAAGCAGAAGUAGACAAAUUGAAAUAAUAUUGACCUACGUGCCAUAUGGAUUAAUAGUAUUAGAUCUUGCCAUUAGUUGAGUACCUUCUUGGCCUCAAGAAGUUUCCCCCUGUAACAUCCCUGAAAGUAAAACCAAAAACCCAAUGAAAUCCAAAGAUUUUUCUCGAUUAUCUGUCAUACAAUUAUUAUUUUUUUUUUUUUUGCCUUUACCUAUUUUCUUUAUAUUAGUUAUAGUAGUUCCUUGCUGUUUUGCCAAAAAAAAAAAAAGAAUUAAAAUCAUUCAUUUUAGUUGAUUCUAAAUUGAUCGAAAAUUUCUAUUUAGUUAAACACUUAAAUUAAAUGAAUUUAACAAAAUCUUGCCAGAUCACAGAUAUCUAGAUAUAGUCAUAUAUAUAUAAUAAGUACAUUUCAAUGUGGCCAUGCAUAAAACAUAAAACGAAUCAAAAUGCAUUUAGUUUAAUUAACUUGAAAACCAAACCAAAAACGAAACCAUUGUAUAACCUUUAAGUAUAAAUGAAAAAUGUACAACAAAAAGAACAUAUACAUACC